CAAGCAUUUUUCCAGUUCCAGAGCAGUUGGACAGGAAUGAAUGGCACACCCGGAUGGCGGAAGUUGCGCUUGUACUAUGAGGCUUAUGGACACAUUUGUAAAUACUCUUACAGCGUAAAGUUACUCGUACGGUAAAAUCCUCGUCUGGUUACCAACGGUUACAUCGCAAGGUUAAACGGCGGAGGAGGAGCGGAUGUAGGCACUGAGCAGCUGACAGCUUCGGCGAUUGAGAUUACUGCGCUGCCAAAAGAUACAGUCAUGCCUUCCUCAGUGCGUUUACAGGAAAUGAUCCGGGUCAUCCGAAGUGCCCGGACGCAAGGUGAGGAGAGGGGCAUCAUCCAAAAAGAGUGUGCGGAUAUCCGAGCACAGUUUCGCCAGGGUGACAAUGGGGAGCGUUCACACAGUCUGGCAAAACUACUCUACGUGCACAUGCUGGGCUACCCGGCACACUUCGGCCAGAUGGAGUGUGUACGUCUGAUUGCCAGCACCAGGUACAGCGAGAAGCGGAUUGGUUACCUGGGUGCCAUGAUGCUCCUAGAUGAGAAGCAGGAUGCUAGUUUACUGAUUACCAACUCUAUCAAGAAUGACCUUUCCCACAGCAGUCAGUAUGUUCAGUCUCUGGCUCUGUGCACUCUGGCCUGCAUGGGUUCAGCCGAGAUGUGUCGAGAUCUGGCACCAGAGAUUGAACGGCUCCUCAGGGCCUCUAAUUCUUACAUCAAGAAAAAGGCCACGCUGUGUGCCGUCCACAUAAUAAGAAAGGUCCCAGAGCUUGCAGAGAUGUUUACUCCUUCAGCAAGGUCUCUGCUCUCUGAAAAGAACCAUGGGGUUUUGCAUGGGGCUGUAGUUCUUAUCACUGAACUGUGUAAGCAUAAUCCUGGCACUCUUGAUCAAUUCCGCAAGGCUGUUCCUGAACUGGUUCAGAUUAUGAAAGGUCUUGUGACAUCCAGUUAUUCUCCUGAGCACAAUGUAGCUGGUAUCAGCGACCCUUUUCUACAGGUUCGGAUUCUUAGACUGCUGAGAAUCCUGGGUCACAAUAAUGACACCGCUAGUGAUGCCAUGAAUGACUUGUUGGCACAGGUGGCUACAAAUACAGACAGCAGUAAGACUGCAGGCAGUGCUGUGCUGUAUGAAACAGUCCUAACUAUCAUGGACAUCAACUCAGAGAGCGGGCUCAGGGUGCUUGCUGUAAAUAUCCUGGGCAGAUUUCUACUUAAUAAUGACAGGAAUAUUCGCUAUAUUUCAAUGACAUCUCUCCAGAAGAUAGUGCAGACGGACCACAAUGCAGUGCAGCGGCACAGAGGCACCAUUGUGGACUGUCUGAAAGACCAAGACACCUCAGUGAAACGUCGUGCAUUGGAACUGUCACUUGCCCUUGUGUCUGCUGUGAAUAUUCGCUCAAUGAUGAAGGAGCUGCUAAUUUUUCUUUCAACCUGUCCCCCAGAGCUUCGAUCUCAUACCACUUCCGGCAUCUUCAACGCCGCUGAAAGGUAUUCCCCUUCUAAGCGCUGGCACAUUGAUACCAUCCUGCAUGUACUCACCACGGCAGGGGGUGAUGUAAGAGAUGAGACUGUGCCCAACCUAAUCCAACUCAUCACUACUGCAUCUGAGCUUCACUGUUACACUGUUCACAAACUCUAUAGAGCACUUGUAAAAGAUAUUUCACAGCAGUCCUUAGUCCAAGUUGCGUGCUGGUGUAUAGGAGAAUAUGGAGACCUGCUGCUUAAGGGCGAGUGUGAGGAGAUUGAGCCUGUGCAGGUGACUGAGGAUGACGUCCUGGAUGCCUUGGAAACAGUCCUACAGUCUCACAUGUCAUCGCCCGCAACCAGAGGCUUCGCUCUCACUGCUACCAUGAAGCUGAGCACUCGUAUCACAGACAAUGUCGACCGAAUCAGAAGUAUUGUCAGUAACUACAGCAGCUGCAUUGACCUGGAACUUCAGCAGAGAGCGGUCGAAUAUAAUGCACUCUUUAGGAAAUAUGACCACAUGAGAGCUGCUGUAUUGGAGAGAAUGCCUGUGAUGGAUAAGAACUCACCUGGUCACACUAAUGGAGACACAUCAGGAGUUAUUAAGGAGACUGACCCAUCCAAACUCAAACCAGUUGAGGCAGGUUUGCUCUCAGAGCCAGCAAGCCAGGUGUGUGACCUUUUGGAUCUCUUGGAUGGGACUGACACACCUCUUCAGCCCAGCCCUGCCCCAACAAACAAUCCAACAACUACCUCUAGCGCAGAUCUUCUUGACCUGCUGGGAGGACUGGAGCCGGCACCAGUUCUCACUGAGACAGUCUAUGAGAAGAAUGGAUUGAGCCUGAAGAUCCAAUGUGACAAACAAACAGAUACCGAGGUCAUGGUCACCCUUAUUGGCUCGAACUCCACUCAGAAUGACAUCACCAACUUCACUCUUCAAGCAGCAGUGCCAAAGAGUGUUCAGCUGCAAAUGAAGGCUCCGAGUGGUAAUGUGAUUCCAGCACAUGGCCUUGGUCAAGUCACACAGACUGUUGUACUCAACAAUCCUAACAAGGUCAGUCUUAAGAUGCGCAUCCGAGUGUCUUACUCAAAUCAGGGUGCAGUGCAUCAAGACACAGUACAAAUUGACUCCUUUCCUAGCCCAACCUGUCCCCCAUCAGUCAGCCCUUUGUGACAGACCUACACGAGUCCAGCAUCUCCAUGACUGUAUUUUCCACUAAAAUGGAGAUUCAAGGAAAUUGGCAGCUGUCUGUCAACCUCACUAUCAUGGACUAAAUGCUGUCCCAGCACAGAUUUGAUACAAUGGGUUUUUAUGUUAUCUUGGUUUGAAUUGUCUUGAACAAAGUGUGGUUUCAUGUGCUGUCAUUACUGCACAAAAUAAACAGUCAAAUAAAUGUACACUAUCAUUAGAUUUAUACACUGUCUAAAUAAGUUGAAUACCUUGCUGAUAUCUUCAUGUGUACCUCUGUAACUGAUUCUGGGAAUGAACAACAUGAGCUGAGAGGUCAGUUCCAGAGCUCCAAUUGUGUUACUGUUAUCAAGCCUUUCUUGUCAUCAUUUAUUCCCAUUUUACCUUUUCCUUUCAAAGUCUCAAUAUAUUCCUGGAGCACCAUUGUAUCAUUUUAUUGACAGUGAAUGUGAACUAACCAUCUCACAUUUUGAGAAUGUACCAUUCAAAUUUCUCAACCUCAUUGUAUGUGUGAAAGCACAAAUAUCCAUUUAUUCAUUCUUUCAUCCUAAGAAGAAAAAAAUACAAUAAAUAAUAUAUACGGUA